GGUGGGGGAGCCAGGCGGCCAGCGCGCCGCCGGCAUCCAGCCUUGAGUGCUCACGUGACAGGUCCGCGAGGCCGCUCGCGCAGUCGUCUGGGCCAGCGAAGAUGGCGGCUGAGAGGGAACCUCCUCCGCUGGGGGACGGGAAGCCCAGCGACUUCGAAGAGCAGGAGGAGGGAGAAGACCUUUUCACCAGCACUGUUUCCACCCUAGAGUCAAUUCCAUCAUCUCCAGAACCAAUUAGUCUUCUUGCAGAAGAUGUUAGUACAAACUCCAAUGGUCCAAAACCUGCAGAAGUUGUGCUAGAUGAUGACAGAGAAGAUCUUUUUGCAGAAGCCACAGAAGAAGUUUCACUGGACAGUCCAGAAAGGGAACCUAUCCUCUCCUCUGAACCUUCUCCUGCAGUUACUCCUGUGACCCCUACUACACUCAUUGCUCCCAGAAUUGAAUCAAAGAGUAUGUCUGCUCCUGUGAUCUUUGACAGAUCUAGGGAGGAGAUUGAAGAAGAAACAAAUGGAGAUGUUUUUGAUAUAGAGAUUGGUGUAUCAGAUCCAGAGAAAGUUGGUGAUGGCAUGAACGCUUACAUGGCAUAUAGAGUAACAACAAAGACUUCUCUUUCGAUGUUCAGUAAGAGUGAAUUUUCGGUAAAAAGAAGAUUUAGUGACUUUCUUGGUUUGCAUAGCAAGUUAGCAAGCAAGUAUUUACAUGUCGGUUAUAUUGUGCCACCAGCUCCAGAAAAGAGUAUAGUAGGCAUGACCAAGGUCAAAGUGGGCAAAGAAGAUUUGUCAUCCACUGAAUUUGUGGAAAAACGGAGAGCGGCUCUUGAAAGGUACCUUCAAAGAACAGUAAAGCAUCCCACUUUACUCCAGGAUCCUGAUUUAAGGCAGUUCUUGGAAAGCUCAGAGCUGCCUAGAGCAGUUAAUACACAGGCUCUGAGUGGAGCAGGAAUAUUGAGGAUGGUGAACAAGGCUGCCGACGCUGUCAACAAAAUGACAAUCAAGAUGAAUGAAUCGGAUGCAUGGUUUGAAGAAAAGCAGCAGCAAUUUGAAAAUCUGGAUCAGCAACUUAGGAAACUUCAUGCCCAUGUUGAAGCCUUGGUCUGUCAUAGAAAAGAACUUUCAGCCAACACAGCUGCCUUUGCUAAAAGUGCUGCCAUGUUAGGUAAUUCUGAGGAUCAUACUGCUUUAUCUAGAGCUUUGUCUCAGCUUGCAGAGGUUGAGGAGAAGAUAGACCAGUUACAUCAAGAACAAGCUUUUGCUGACUUUUAUUUGUUUUCCGAACUACUUAGUGACUACAUUCGUCUUAUUGCUGCAGUGAAAGGUGUGUUUGACCAUCGAAUGAAGUGCUGGCAGAAAUGGGAAGAUGCUCAAAUUACUUUGCUCAAAAAACGUGAAACUGAGGCAAAAAUGAUGGUUGCUAACAAACCAGAUAAAAUACAGCAAGCUAAAAAUGAAAUAAGAGAGUGGGAGGCAAAAGUACAACAAGGAGAAAGAGAUUUUGAACAGAUCUCUAAAACAAUUCGAAAAGAAGUGGGAAGAUUUGAGAAAGAACGAGUGAAAGAUUUUAAAACUGUUAUUAUCAAGUACUUAGAAUCAUUAGUUCAAACACAACAACAGCUGAUAAAAUACUGGGAGGCAUUCCUACCUGAAGCCAAAGCCAUCGCUUAGAAGAUUACUCCUGUUAGGAAGAUCUCAGAUGUUUGUUCCAGUUACGCUAAUUCCACAGUGAAAUCAUUUAAAACCAUCUAAAUAAACCACUAUAUAUUUUAUGAAGUACAUGUGGUUUUUAUAUAUAUAUAAAUAUAUAUACACACACACAUACACACUCUUGACAUUUUAUUACAAGCUGCAUGUCCUGACCCUCUUUGAAUUAACUGGACUGUGGCAUGACAUUCUGCAAUACUUUGCUGAAUUGAACACUAUUGUGUCUUAAAUACUUGCACUAAAAAGUGCACUGCAAGAUCAGAAAAUUUUACAAUAUUUUUUCUUUACAAUAUGUUCUGUAGUAUGUUCACCCUCUUUAUGAAGUGAAUUAUCAGUGGAUUGAUUAAUGUUCACUUAUACAUUCCUGUACAGAAAUUAUGACUUUGUGAUUACAGUAAUAAAAUUAUAUUCCUUGUGAUGUAUUAGUAACAAAUUAUUUGGGUGUAUAAACAUAUUAGGGAUCUUUUAAAAGCAUUUUUAAUAGGAAGAGACUUUUCCUUGUAGAUACAUAUUUUUUUAUUGACAGAAAGAGCUGAACUCCGUUAUCAUUAAAUGACUAAAUGAAGCUUAAGUUGUCUUAUGCAAUUAUCACAAACCAAAGAACAUUUAUCUUUUGAUUCAGCUCUGGGUAAUGCUCUUGUCUUCAGUAAGGAAGAGAAUAAUUGUCUUUGCUUGUUAUUAUCCACCCCUAGUAUAAGUGCCCAGUUUAAGAAUUAGGAAGAAAUGUAUUUAUGUGCCUCUAUUACAAGUCUUAACGAAUUUUGCUCGUCUACUACUAUCUUCAAAAUCCAAGACUUUGCAUAUAUUUAAUUUAUUCCCUUGCCUUUCUGUGUUUUUGUUUUAAACUAAAAGUUGAUUGUUUAUGGUUAUAAUUGACAAAAAAUGAUACCAUGCUAAAAUACCUCGUGAUUUGAUGACUAACCAAGAAUGACACAAAGCAAAUUCAUGAAACUUGUAAUUGGCAACCUUCUCACCUAAUUCUCUAUCCUGUUUGGAUGGCUAUUGCCUAAUCCUUAAUACUGGUGAAAGUUUAACUUGUGGUGGGCAUUAGAGUUAUUUUUAUUUUUUAAAAAGUACUCCUAAAGAUGUCUCAGUUCUUGAGCUCACCAGCUAAAUCUCCCAGCGGAGUGCAGUAUGGUAUGUCCUGUCUAGCAGCUUACUGGAUACAAUUAGUGUAUCAGGGUAGAGUAUCCCCAGGAUCUGUUUCCUUUCACCACUUAUUUUAGUUGAAAUUUUAAGCAUACUGUAGGAAUUCAUAUUUAUAUUCCUAGAACCCAGAAGAGUGCCUGACACAUAAUAGGUUAAUAAUAAAGACUUGAACAGGG